AUGUUUCUUGUUUCUAAUAGUUCACACAUGUGGCCAUCACAAGGUACGAAUGAUUAUACUGCAAAUGAGCGAUCAGCACCGAUCAAUAUGCCGAAUCGACAAUCGGAUAUGACAUCAGGCUAUGCUGAUCCACAUGGUGUAGUUUUUUCACCAAAAUCAACUGAUCCAGCUAAUCUUGGAAUUAAUAUGUGCAUUAACAUAUUAGAAGGAGAUAAUUCACCACGUGUGAAAGAUAAUGGCAUCAAAGAUGUUACUCAACAUAUGCAAGCUAUGAAGAUCUAUAAUGACAAUGAUAAUAAUAAUAAGAAGAAAACUGUUGAUACACCAACUGUUUACGAUGGUAAAUCUGAUGAUAAAACACGCGAAACAGAUUCAAAUCGUAAACCAACACCACGUUCAUCACCAGGUCAUGUUAAUAGUGAUUUAACCAAUAGUACGAAUAAUGAAAAUCUUCCAUGUGCAAAUACGAUCGUUUCCGGUGACGACCCAAAUGAUGGUUUAAUGCCACAAUCACAUAUGAUGAUGAACGGUGCACCAACAGCAUCGAUGCCUAUACCAUAUCAACGAAUGCAAAACAAUAAUCAGCAGCAACAACAACAACAGAUGCUACUCUAUCCGCAACAACAAGCUUAUCCACCACAGUAUCAUAUUGUUUCACAACAACAACAACAACAGGCUCAUUAUGAAAUGAAUCAACCAACAAAUAACUUUCAAACAUUUGAUUACACUUUAAUUCAACCUCAAUCGUUUGAAAGUCAGUCAAUCAUGACAGCAUUCAAUCCACAAGGAAAUGGAAAUAAUCAACAAGAUCCUCAGUUAGCUAAUCUAGCUCAAACACCAUUGAUGUCAUGGCUUUCAAGUACAAUGGCUGCCCAACAACAAACAGCUAAUCAACAACAACCCUAUGGUUCAUCAAAUCAAUAUAUUAUAAAUAGUAAUCAAGAUAAUUAUUUACAACAAUUACAAAACUAUCAUCAAUCGCCGGCAACACUUCCAUCAUUACUCGGCCAACCACAGUAUUGGUCAGCAUUGCCAACAGCUCUCGUUUUCCCAGCAGCACCACCGCAAGCCCUAUUAGCACAACAACAAUCAUCCAAUAAUGAACAACAAUCACCACAAUCAAAAAAUAAUAAUAAUCGUCCAUUAACACCAACUAAUUCAGCGGACCUACUAAGUGCAUCGCAAUCUAAUCAUCAGCAAUAUAUUAAUAUGCAGCGUACAACACAAACACCCGUAAAUUUUCCAUUUUAUGCUGCGGCUUCGCCAACAUUUCUCGAUCCAAGUAUUAUGAUGUCAAAUGCACGACAACCAACCGGAUCACCAGGAUUGCGUAUGUAUCCUCAACAAGUGCCAAUUCCAGUUAACGCUAAUAAUCAAGGUGGUUUAUAUGGCAGUCCAGUUGCAAGCUCACUUUCAAGCUCAUUCAAUGACGUGUAUACAGUUCCAAAUCAAAGACGUGAUGCACCAUUACCUGACUUUUCUCGUCUUGUUAAUGAUCCUCGUUUAUCGACACCACAUCAAUCGCAACAAACUCCAUUAUAUCAUGGUCAAUUACCCGGUGGUUUACCUCCGUCACCCGCCUACAAUAACUUGAUGACUUCCAUGACGCCGCCGCCAUCGUCCAACGCCGGCGGAUUCGAUGGAAUGUUUAAUGCACGAUUUUUUCCACCACAAAAUCAACAAGGACCAACAACAGUGCCGGCACAACAAGCAAUAAUCAAUGGCAAUGAAGUAUAUACGGGCCGUCGUAGUGUCGGUGGCAUGAGUGGACCACUACCGAAUUAUUAUCCUCCGAAUGUUUUCGGCGGACCGGGAAACAACAACAACAAUAAUAAUAAUAGUCUUCGUGGAGCUGGUUCAAUGUCAAAUUCCGGACGUGAUUCAGUAAUCACUCGAAGUAAAUUAUUAGAUGAUUUUCGUAAUAGUCGUAUGCCAAAUUUACAAUUACGUGAUGUUAUUGGACAUUUUACUGAAUUUUCCAUGGAUCAACAUGGCUCAAGAUUUAUUCAACAGAAACUCGAACGUGCAACUAAUACCGAAAAAGAUAUGGUGUUUAAAGAAAUUAUUAGUAAUGCACCGCAAUUGAUGACUGAUGUUUUCGGCAAUUACGUUAUUCAAAAAUUUUUCGAAUUUGGUUCAACGGAACAUAAAGCAUAUUUAGCUCAUAGUAUCCGCGGUAACGUUUUAUCACUGGCAUUACAAAUGUAUGGUUGUCGAGUUAUACAAAAAGCUGUUGAAAGCCUACAACCAGAAUAUCAAGUGCAAAUAGCGAGAGAAUUAGAUGGAAAUAUUGUUAAAUGUAUUGAAGAUCAAAAUGGAAAUCAUGUCAUACAAAAAUGUAUUGAAUGUUGUAUAGGCGAUGAUAUUGAUUUUAUUAUAAAGGACGUCACCAAUCAAGUUUUUCAAUUAUCAGCACAUCCAUAUGGUUGUCGCGUUAUACAACGUAUACUUGAGAAUUGUAAAGAAUCACAAACAAGACCUAUACUCGAUAUAUUACAUAAUGAAUUAGAAAAUCUUGUUCAAGAUCAAUAUGGAAAUUAUGUUAUUCAACAUGUACUGGAACAUGGUAAAGUUGAAGAUCGAAGCCGCAUUGUCAAUGCUAUUAUGGGACGUGUGCUUCAUUUAUCACAACAUAAAUUUGCAAGUAAUGUAGUGGAGAAAUGUGUAACUUAUGCAACACGCGAAGAAAAACGACAACUUAUUGAUGAGGUCGUUUCGUUUGGAGAUGGACCUAACAGUGCAUUGUUAAUAAUGAUGAAAGAUCAAUUUGCUAAUUAUGUUGUGCAAAAAAUGAUCGAUGUUGCUGAGCCAGCUCAACGAAAAAUUCUCCUGACCAAAGUUCGUCCACAUAUUCAAUCACUUCGAAAGUUUACCUAUGGUAAACAUAUAAUAACAAAAUUGGAAAAACAUCUAAGCAAAACUUCCGAUUUGGGUCCUAUGUUAACAUCAUCAACAUCAAAUUCAAAUGGUUUGUCACAUUACGACAAUUAA